CUCCCGGCAUCCCGCGGGCGGGCGGUUGGCAGCGGCGGCGGCGGCGUGUCUCUCCACCGCCAGGAUGCAGGAGCUUAUCGCCAGCGUGGACCACAUCAAGUUCGACCUGGAGAUGGCGGUGGAGCAGCAGCUGGGCGCGCAGCCCCUGCCCUUCCCCGGCAUGGACAAAUCAGGGGCUGCCGUCUGUGAAUUUUUUUUAAAAGCUGCCUGCGGAAAAGGAGGCAUGUGCCCCUUCCGACACAUCAGCGGGGAAAAGACAGUUGUUUGCAAACACUGGCUGCGAGGGCUGUGCAAAAAGGGAGACCAGUGCGAGUUCCUGCAUGAAUAUGACAUGACCAAGAUGCCCGAGUGUUAUUUUUACUCCAAAUUCGGGGAAUGCAGUAACAAGGAAUGUCCUUUCUUGCAUAUCGACCCAGAGUCUAAAAUCAAAGACUGUCCUUGGUAUGACAGAGGCUUCUGCAAACAUGGUCCCCUCUGCAGACAUCGACACACUCGACGGGUCAUUUGUGUGAAUUACCUGGUGGGAUUCUGCCCCGAGGGUCCCACUUGCAAAUUCAUGCACCCUCGAUUUGAACUGCCUAUGGGAACAACAGAACAACCGCCACUGCCCCAGCCAACACAAACGCAGCAAAAGCAAAAUAACAAUCCGCCAUUACAAAGGUCAUCAUCCUUGAUCCAGUUAACGAGUCAGAACUCUUCUCCCAACCAGCAGAGGACCCCACAAGUCAUCGGAGUCAUGCAGUCUCAAAACAACAACGCGGGGAACAGAGGUCCCCGGCCGCUGGAGCAGGUCACCUGUUACAAGUGUGGUGAGAAAGGACAUUACGCCAACAGAUGCACCAAAGGACAUCUAGCCUUUCUCAGUGGACAGUGACAGUCUAAAGGAGAGUGCAAGGGGACUCUUUAUACUGAGGAAAGGUUUCUGCCUUGCACUAUACCUUGAACUAUUGAUUGGUUUGUUUUUUUUUUAACACCAUUGUUGAAAGACCUAGUCAGAGGCUGGCUGCCGAUAAGCAACUUUUGUAAUUGCCCACAAUUUUUUUAUGUUUUAACCCUUUUUUUUUUAAAUAGAUUUCGGUCUCCACCCACUUUCAUUGAGCCUGGUAAGAUCAUAUCUAAUGACAAAUAGAUAUGCAAGCCUGAGCAAUGCAGCAUUCGGCACAAUGCACAUCUUGUUCCAGUGUUUCUCUCUCCAAUGUUUUCCUUCUGGUAUUACCCUCUGGGAAGCUUCCAGCCUUUCAGCGAUUCUGGUUCAAGGAGGAAGACCAAAUGGAAGAACUAGCAUGUGAAUCUCCUUCACCUUUUGGAGAGGAAAAUUGUGUCCUGCAGGUCUUCAAAGGCAACUUGUGUUUCUGUGUCCAGUCUGAGAUGAUCAGUGAGUUUUAACCGUGUCCUGUUAGCUCACUUAAUAUGUCAUGUGUUAAGUGCCAUGAUGUAAUGUAUUUGCCCACCUUGCAUUAGAUUUGUGCACCCCUGCCAGCAGUGGUUCCCUUCACAUCAUUGCAGGAUGAGAGGUUGGUCCUUAUACGUGAAAACUGCGAGGUAAAUGAAUUGACACCUCUAAAAUCACACAAGCUUUGGCUGUUAAAAAAUCAGGUCUGUGCUCACCACUUUCAGCCAAAUGGGGUCCAAGGUCAAAGCAGAAGUAGCUUUAAUGAUAUAAUGGUGUUCAGAUAGCCAGCAACUGAAGGUAGCUGGCUUUUUUGCACUGUAACUUGGCCUCCCCACACUUAGUAGUCAUGUUGCACAAAGUAUCUUCCCAAGUGAUUAAAA